GAUUGCGUGUUGCAUUCUUGAGAACGGUGCUAAACUGGUGCAAACUGGUUUGUUGUGCCGUUGUAGAAUUAAUGUGAGAAAAUCUUAGUGAUGAGAUGUUAGUUCAUUAAUAGCGGUUACAAUUCAAAAGAAAUACAAUAAAUACGCUAUGGCUGACUCGUCAUAUGAAAAAGGUCUGACCGAACUGUCAAAAAUGAAGGUGGCUGACCUUAGAAUUGAACUAAAGCAAAGAGGACUCACCACUACAGGCAAUAAAAACGAACUUGUAGAAAGACUUCAGUUGGCAAUUCAUGGAGAUUCUGCAUUGUCCUUAGACGAAACAACAGAAGAAAUUUUAGAUGAAGAUGAAGUACUUGGUGAUGAAGAAAUAGAAGAAUUAUCAAGCAAACCAGAUUCUCAGGAAAUUACUGAAAAAAGAAAGCUGUCCAUUGACAGUAACAAUGCUAAUGCAAAAAAAAUAGUGUUGAAUCGCAAACCUGUACUUGAGGAAAUUAAGAAUGAUCAAGUAGAAAAGAAUGAAAAUAAUGUCAAAAUACCUGAAUCUGGACCACCAGAAAAAAAGAUUAUUAAAUUAUCAGAGCUUAGCACAAAAGAGAGAUUGGAGAUGAGGGCUAAAAAAUUUGGAGUGCCAUUGUCGGAUGCAGCGAAAAAGGAAGCUAGGUUAGCCCGAUUUAAUAUAAACAAUCAAAAUAACAAAUCAGCUGCAUCCAUAAAGACACCAGUGCAUACUACUUACGAGACAUUGAAGAAACGUGCUGAAAGAUUUGGGUCCUCUGUGUCUAAUUUAAUGGAAAAGGCCGAAUUAGCUGAACGAUUGGAAAAAAGGAAAGCCAGAUUUGGUGAAGAAAAGUCUGUCGAGACUAAAGCAUCUUACAAUAAAGUUAAGAUUACAAGUAAGAAUGAUCAGUCUUCUGUAAUUGUACAGCCAUACAGCUGUAAAGAAACGGAUGAACGAAAUACUCAGGACGCUAUAUUUUAUAAACGCUUGAUCGCUGUAUUGUUAUCAAAUCUUGUCAUACAGAAAAUUGAUGACAGAUUAAUUGGAACACUCAGUAUAGAAGCAUCCUCUGCACAAUUUGAGUAUCUUCAAAACUUUGUAAACAAUCAAGGCUCAAUAAGGGAGGUUGAUAGAAUCCUUGCUAGUGUGAUAAGUCAAUCUCAAUAUUCGGCAUGUCACUAUAUGACUGAAGCAUCUCACUAUUUCAAUUUACUAUCAGAAUAUUUGAUACAUUGUCUUUUCCUCAUAAAAGAACAUUGGGAUAUAACAAUAAUCUCCUUUACUGUUAUAGCUAGUUUUAUGAUUCUGAGAAGGCAAAGAUGGUCACGAGGUUUAAUUGUUUUUCUAAUGUUUGAUGUUAUAUUUAUAAUGAGUUUUUUUAUAACAUGGUGGCGACUUAUACAGGAAGCAGAAAUUAAAUUAAUGGCAGCACAAGCACAAUUUACAGAAAUGCCAAUUGCUUGCCAACCGCAUAAAAUGAAUUUUUGGGAUAAGAUGGUUGCAUCAUUUUCCUCUACAAACGAUUGUGAAAAAUACUAUCAAACAAUCAUGACUAAUCCGAGAUUGCAAGUAACACCAGCAUUUGCGUUGACGCAUUUUCUCUGUACAACUAUUUUUCAACCUUUCUCCUACCUUGGGACUGUCAUAUCUGAAUUUAUAGACAAUGCUACCAGUAAACUAAACUUUUUACAAAAGUUCCCUGUUGUAAUUAUCCUUUUUUUGACUUUGUGCGCAUGUAUAAUAUCACUGCCAUUUUUCUUAUUUGGCGGCUCUAUUGAUUUUAUGGGACCGUUCUACAAGUUUGGAAUAAGCGGUAGAGCAGAAACUAAACUAAAAAAAGAGCAGCAAGAGCGCAUCGAACGAAUUUGCGAGGAUACUUCACCUAAGAGGUUAAAACAUUCAGAAAAGAAGCAAACAACAUUGGUACAAGAAAAUGAUCCUGCUGGAGGUGAUGCUGGUGGUGAUACGUAUCAUCUAAGCAAAAAACAUAAAAAAUGCAAGUGUAAGAAUAAAGAUAAAGAUGAAAAUAUGGAAUGUGAAAAAGAAGAAACAGAUGAUGAUUGCCAAUAAUGCCUUUUUCAAGCUAUCACAUAUAUAAGUGCUCAUUAAUUUUGUUGCAAAAAAUGUAACAUUGCUAGCUUAAUGAUUAUUUAUGUUACAUAAAUUUUAAGUAGUAACUUGGUCAUUAUUGUAACAUAAAUAAUUAUCAAUUUUUUAAGUUAUUAAUAAUUAUGUUUGGUAUUUUAAUCAUUCUUCAAAAGGCACGAUUAAAUUAUUAAUAACAAAUAUACUAUGUAUUUGAGAUUAUAAGAUACUUGCCUUGUAAUGUAGAGAAAAUGGUUGAAACCGGUCAUACUGAAAUCGAUUUGAAAUUAAUUAUACAAUAUCAAGUUUUAAUAUCAGAAAUGAUUAAUCAUAUGUCAUUGCAUAAGGCAUAUCUUUUCAUAUUAUGCGAUCUAUUCAUAUCUUUCUUUAUUAAAAUCUCACUAUUUUUGCGAAUAUAACUGCGAAUUAUUAAUGUAUUACAAUUAUUAUAUUUUUAGACAUUACUAUUCACUGUGAUAACUAAACUGCUAAAUAUAUUUAAUCGUAAAGUAAUGUCUACUGAAUAGUAUUAUAUGUGCGUUUAUUAUUUUGUAUAAUUUG